AAUGUUUUUAUUAAAAAUAAUAGUUAUGUUGUUCAGUGUGACGUAUUGCUUUGUUUUAUUAGAGGCGGAAGAUUGGUUGGACAGUCGAUAUCGCGAAACCAUCUUUAACGAACAAUUCGUUUUACGGAUAAAUGUAUUCAAAACCGUAGACUGUGUAAGCGGUAACGGACCCGUUGAGUUGAACCCAAUCGACCAAACCCGGCUGCUUGAGCAGUGCAAAGGCCAAGAGGACUGCAUACAAAGAAAAGAAAUAUCGAUAGAAAAAUAUAAAACAAAAAUGGAAGCGUUGCAGUGUAUAAAUGGCGUGAUUGUUCAUUAUUUAUUGAAUGAAAUAACGGCCGAAAGUUCGGGAGAUAAUCCUUGCAAGUAUAAUAAUGUUUACCGUUGUUAUAAGUUGAUUGUUUUUAUGUCUAGGAUGCUUGCAACGUUGUAUAGAGGCCAAACGUUUGCACAUAAAUGGUUGUGGACUUUGUAUACACGGUUAUUGACUGCCAACAAUUGGCCCUAUGCCUGGUUGGCUGAUGAUAACUUAGAGGAAUAUUCGCAACACCAGAAUGAUCUAUUGAACUACAUCGGUAUGUGCCAGGAAAACCGUUAUUUGCCAACGACCACUGUCAGACCUUCAGCGGCAAAAUCAUUCUACGAUUCCAUAGUGGCCAUGGAUAUAGAUGUUUACAUAGAGCGACUUUACGGUUUACAGUACGACGAACUAUUGUCAGCAAUAUACGAUUACGCUUAUUUAUUCGAAAUUGACUAUAUCGUUUUGGCCGACUACUUCCACCGGGACAGUGAUGUGUUUGGUUCGUUCAGAAGAGCAACUAUAAACUGGGGUUCGGCCAAAGUUCGGCUAAAGUCAAUCAGGUCGACGUUGACCUCUCUGUACCCAACGGACGAGUGGAGACGGAAUCCGUUUAUUUUUACCGAAUAUCACGAUCAAAUCAUGCGCAUAAUGAAAAGCAAAACAUACUACCAUACGUGGUUGCACUUGACAAUUUUCGAAACCAUAUUGAGCAGGGCGGAAAAACACGUUGACGGGGAAUUCAGUUUGAACAUCAGCAACCGAUCGGCGUGGGACAGGAUGUGUUACCAUACUUCCGUUGCCGCUAGAGAAUUUCAAAAUGAGGAUAUAGUGUUUUAUAGUGUCGUGCACCAUUUGUGUACCGACAUAGAGGUGUUCGACCGGAAGUUUCUGUGGCAAGUCCGAUCUAUGGCAGAUUCUCUGAAGGAAAUUAUUUCUAAUGAUUUCAGUGCGAUCGGCGUUGGCGACGACGAGAUUCGCAGCAAUUUCGACGUUACAAGUCGGCUGAGUGGAGAACCAGAAACGAGAGAAACCAUUUGUCAAGAUUUAAUACUUUUGGGCGCUGAUGAAAACGACGUAUAUAUCACACUGUACGGUGUUGGAGAUGUGCCGCAAACACCACAGUCGGACGAGGGUUGGACGACUGAUGACAGUACUAUACUAGAUUCGCAGUCUGAUGACUUAGAUAAAGAUGAAGAUUGUGUUCAACGUGACAGUCAGUCAGACCAACAAUUAACACAUGAAUUCAUAUUGAAUAACGAAUACGAACUUUUUAGAUAUGUCAAUAACUUUAUGCGUAAAAUAUGGUCGUUGGAAUAUUUUUAUAUAUUGUUUUUUAGCAGUGGAAAACAUGAUUUAAACACUACAUUUUUCAGGCAAAACCGAUACACAACACAAUACUAGUAUAGGUUCUUUAAUUAUACGCGAAAUUAUUGUGUGCUCAAGUUCUCGACUUUAAAUAUACUAAAUUGUCCUAAAUAAAUAACUAUGUGCAACUACAAAAAUGUAUUAAAUUU